AUGGAUGACGCUUUUCAGGCUCAAUCUAAGCCAAUAUCUUCUGUACGAAAAUUACUAUUACUAUUACAAAAAUCAUAUCGUUAUGCUUAUCGUCGUCGUGUAUGUUAUUGUUGUCCAAAAGUUUUAUUCGAAUUUCUUAUACCACUUCUAUUUUUGUCCGUUAUAUGUCUCGUUCGUUGGAUGCAUACGCCACCAACACGAUCAAAUCAACCUAUGGAUCGUGAGAAAAAUUUAGUCUCUAAUUCAAUAGAUCCUGCAUCAUUAUUCAAUUUGAAGUCAAAGGUAUUUUCAGCACGACCAUCUGAAGUUCUAUUUAAUCAUUCUUAUAUACAAUCAACAAAAUGUAAUUUAAAACAUACUAGUCAAUUCAUAUUUAAUCCGGAUACAUCGAAUAUUCGCUCAUUAGGAAAAUAUAUAUCUAAAAAGUGUGGAUUAUCAAUUAUAAUUAAAAAUACAACAUUAAACGAGCUUAAAAAUAAUAAAACUGAGAAAUCAUUGGUAUUUAUUGAUUUUAAUAAUGGUCUUGAUAAUUAUCAUAUUACCUAUUUAAAAAAAAAUGAUAAUUCAUGGAUAGAUUGGUUUAAAACAACAGUUCUUUCGCAUUCAAAUGAUAAUGAAAUAACACCAAUUGAAUCAUCAUCGUCUAUCCAUAAUGAUCAGCUAAUUUUGAAACAUCCAUCUUCAUUUUGUAAUAAAAAAAUAAAUCAAAAUGAUCAAAAUUAUGAAUCAUUGAUUCAAACAAAACUAUUUUUAGAUAACAAUAUUAUCCAUUAUAAAAAAAACAGAACGUUUUCAAUUGCAUAUUCAUAUUUAUCAUCGGUAGAAAUAUUAUCGAUGCCAUGUCAGUCUUAUUAUUCUGAUGUUAUAUUUUCUACAUUUCCUAGUUUUACUUUUGGCAUGCUUCUUCUUUUAAUUGAUUGUAUCUAUUUAUAUUCCUAUUAUUUUCUUAUACAGUCGUUACUAGACGAAAAACAUGCUCAAGUUAAAGAAAUUUUAAAAUUAAUCAAUAUUCAUCCACUUCUUAAUAAUUUUGCGUGGGCAAUACGGAUGUUUAUUAUCGCUUUUAUAUCGUCGAUUAUACUAGCAAUUAUUUUCAAAAUUAAAUUCGGAGUCGAAGAAGUAGCAACAAUCUUCUCAUGGUUUAUUUAUUUUUUAUCAUUUGUUUUCGUUUUGAUACCAAAUUAUUUUCCAUUAUGGUUACAAUACGUAUUCUGUUUAUUAUCACCAUUUUAUAGUUUUAAACAAUUAUUCAGAUUAUUAUUGUUAAUCAAUGCUAAUCUUGGUGUCGCCAAUAAAGGUUAUUUCACACAAAUUUAUUCUCACACAUUGAUAUAUCUAUAUGUUUGUUUGUUGAUGUUGACAAGUAUUCUUCUUAUGUGGAUUCUCACUUGGUAUAUUGAACAAGUCAAUCCGGGAAUAUAUGGUAUCCGAAAACCAUGGACAUUUCCAUUUCAAAAUAUUAAAAAUAUACGAAAACAAAAGAAACGUUCAAAUAGCGUUGAUAUGAAAAUGAUAAACAAUGAUAAUGAAAUGGAAGUAAAAGACGAGCAUCCAACAGUAAAAGUGAAAAAUUUAACAAAAAUUUAUGGAACAUAUUUUGAUAAACAUACGGUAGUUGAUAAUAUUACAUUUAAUUUGUAUCAAAGUCAAAUACAAGGACUUAUUGGACAUAAUGGUGCCGGUAAAACUUCAACCAUUCAUAUGUUAUGUGGUAUUAAUAAGUGUGAUGGUGGUUCAGUUGAAAUUUUUGAUUUGGAUAUCGCCGAUAAUAUUGAUUUGAUCAGAUCACAAAUUGGCUAUUGUCCUCAGCAUGAUAUUCUAUUUAAUUAUUUAACUGUACAAGAACAAUUGGAAUUUUAUUCAAAAGCUAAAGGUUGUGCAGGAGAUGAAAAUAUUGAUGAAUUAUUGAAAAUUAUGUCAAUGGAUUCAAAAGAAGAUCGAAAUAAACUAUGUAAACGAUUAUCGGGAGGCAUGAAACGAAAAAUAUCGAUUGCGUGUGCAUUUGCCGGAAAUGCAAAAAUUAUUUUUCUAGAUGAGCCAACUAGCUCAUUGGAUCCAUCUUCUCGUCGUUCAUUAUGGAAUUGGUUAAAACAGAUGAAAAUUUCGCGUACAAUUCUGCUUACAAGUCAUUUUAUGGAUGAAGUUGAUGAACUAUGUGAUUCUUUGUAUAUUAUUGAUUCUGGUCGAAUUAAAGCACAAGGUACACCAAUGAAAUUAAAAGAACAAUAUGGAAGUGGAUAUCAUUUAAUUAUUACUUCACAUCCACAACAACAAUUAAAAGAGUUGAUUAAACAUUUCUUACCCGAUUCACUUGUCGAAUUUGAGAGCGAAGAACUUAUCAUUCGAACAAAUAUUACUCAACCAAAUCAGGAAUUUGUACGAUUAUUAGACGAAUUGGAUCAAAGAAAUGUACAAUAUGGUGUUACAAAUACAACAUUGGAUGAUGUUUUUUGCAAAUUAAUAAAUGAACAAACUGCAUCACCUACUGAAGAUGGUGAAGAACAAGAACGACAACAAAUUGAGGAAAUUUAUAAUCAGACUGGUGGUGAACCGUUGAAUCGGGGCUUUUUCCUUAUUUUUCAACAAAUAUUCGCUUUAAUUAUUAAACGUUUAAAAGUAUUUUGUCGUCAAUGGAUAUUGUUAGUGUUUAUAAUUUUGUUACUUAUAUUAACAAAUUGGUCAAAUAUAAUGCCAAAAAAUGUUAAUAUUAUUCCAAAAUUAAAAACAGUUUAUAGUGGACUCGAUUUACAACGGCAAACAAUUAUUAUCGAUGCACCUGAAGAUACAAAACUGAAAGAAUAUUUAAAUCAAAUUGAUUUUAUUUCAAAAACACUUCCUAAAUACCAAUAUAUCAAUUUUAAUACACCAAAAGAAUUUGAAAAUUAUUUAUUAAAUUUUCGUUCAACAUCUCGUUCUCAUCUGUAUAUGGCCAUUCGUAGUCGAUCGGGCAUACAAUUAUACUUUUCUGAACAUUUAACACCGAAACGACUUCAACUUGGUAUCGAUAUUUACACAAAUCUUUUAGUUAAAUAUCUAAUGAAUUCAUCUCUGUCUUCUAUUCAAACUACUCUCGCCUAUACCGAUUCCAAGAGCAAAAAUGAAUCGUUUUAUUCUGACAUGGAAGAAGACAACGAUUUACUCUCCAAUUUGACUAAAAGUGACCUUGCAUUGUGUGUUCAUAGUUUACCAAUUUAUUUACAAGGCAAAGCAUUAAUGUUCUAUUUGAUUUUAUUAUUACCAAUUAUAUAUUUAAUUGGAGAACGUCGAAAUAGUUUUUAUUCAUUUCAACUACUUAAUGGUCUCUAUUCUCCAGUUUUCUGGUUUACAAAUUACACAUUUGAUUUAAUUAUUUGUUUCCUAUGGUUAUUAAUUAUCUAUAUACUCUCAAUAGUAUCGUUUAAAACUAUACUGCAGUUAAAAUAUUUUGCCUAUUCAUGUCUUUUUUAUGUGGUCACACUACCAUUUAUUUAUUUAUUAACAAAACUUUUUCGAAGAGAUUUAAUUGGAGCAUUGAUUAUUUUAUUAAUAUUUUUUCUCAUUCAUUUUUUGAAUAUUUUUAAGUUAUUUUUUGGAUUAAUUCGAGGUACAAUAUUGAUAUUAAUUAUUGAAUUAUUAAGAGAAAGUAUUAAAAAAAGUAGUAAAUGUAUGUUUAGUGAUAUGACCGUGGGUAGAUUGUUGAAUUUAGAAAUAUAUAAUUAUAAAAUUUUCAUUCAUUCAUUGAUUAUGGUUGUACAAGUCGUCGUCUAUUUCGCCAUAUUAAUAUUUAUUGAUACAGCAAGAAGUAGAAAACGUCAAAAUUCAAAUUAUGUGUUUAAGGGACAUGAAGAUAAUGAUGUUAAAGAUGAAUAUGAUCGAACAAUGGCACUUCAUAAAAAUAAUGAUCAUGAACAUUCUUUAAUUGUAAAACAAUUAACUAAAAUGUAUAAUCAACAUAACAUACCAGCUGUAAAUAAUUUAACAUUUGCUGUGAAAAAUGGACAAUGUUUUGGACUAUUAGGAUAUAAUGGGGCAGGGAAAUCGACAACAUUUCGUUUAAUAGUCGAUGAUUUAUCACCAACAUCCGGUUCUGUGACUAUGUUAUCACCAACAUUUGGUUAUUGUCCUCAAGAUGAUAUUGAUAUCUCUUAUUUAACUAUUUCUGAUUGUCUUUCAUAUUUCUCACAUCUUCGGGGUAUACCACGUUCAAAUAUAUCACGUGUAUGUCAAACAAUGUUGAAACAAUUUCUCUUAGAAAAACAUUCCUCAAAAUAUAUCCAUCAAUUAUCCGGUGGUACUCGACGUCGUCUUCAUUUGGCAAUUUCGCUUUUGGGAAGUCCAUCAUUGUUAUUAUUUGAUGAGCCAACGGCAAAAAUUGAUCCAUAUAUACGAAAUCAUGUUCGACAGAUACUGGAAAAACGGCCAGAACAAACGUCAAUUGUUCUCUCUUCACAUUCAAUGAUAGAAUGUGAACAAUUAUGUCAAAGAUUAGGUAUUAUGCUUAAUGGACAAUUUAGCUGUUUAGGUUCAAUUCAACAUUUAAAAACAAAAUUUGGUCAAGGUUAUACAGUCAAAGUAAAAUCAUCACAAACUAUUCAAGAAUUAUUAACGAAUGUUAAUACAAGUAAUUUGGAUAUUAUAAUUAAAGAGAAAAAUGAAUUCCAAUGUCCUCAACGAAUCAAAUUAAGUUCAAUAUUUCAGUUAAUGGAACAUAUGAAACAAUUAGGAACAAUUGAAACCUAUUCAAUUCAACAAACGACACUAGAACAAGUCUUUUUAUCAUUUCAACAUAAACAAAUUAGUGUUGAACCUAUAUACACCGUUUAA